AUGGGUCAGGAUGAGCAUCAUGCUGAUAUUCCCCGACGGUGUAGGCCUAUCGCUUCUGCUCGUAGGCAACAGGUUCAUGUUGAUGUUACUAAGGAUGUUCCUCAGGUGACUGAGGAUGUUCCUCAUAUGGACAAGGAUAUUCCUAAGAGGACUGCGAACGUAGAUGCUGCAGACGUAGAGGGCAUAGCUAUUGAUGGUGCUGAGGGGUCACCUGCUGAUCAUGCUGAGGGAUUCCUUGGUGGAUCAUGUGACCCAUUGGUCUUGACUUCGUUUGCUGACCAUGUGGCACAUAGCAUCUGGAGUGGAGAGGAACAACCUGAGUUGAAGUUGGCCUCCCACGGUAGGAAGGUUGAUAAAUUUGGGAGGCCAAUGCCUGAGAUAGAAGGCCUAGUGGCGGCCACCAGAUUAAGUCCAUUGAUCGGGUGUUCUAUAGUCACCGGCGAUCCUGGACUUAUAUCCGCAUUUGUCAAGAGGUGGCAUAGGGAGACCAGCACCUUCCACCUUCCAGUAGAAGAGUUGACGAUCACCAUGGACGAUGUGGCGGCACUCCUCCAUCUUCCCAUCACAGGCGCGUUACAGAGCUUUGAGCCUCCGCUUGUGGACGAGGCGGUCUUCUUGUUGAUGGAGCUGCUUGAGGUCUCCGGUGAGGAGGCUAGAGCUGAGACCAAUGCAACACAUGUUCAUCUGGUUCAUCUAGAGGGUUUCCGAGACCUGGGUAAGACUGGGGGCUAUGCUUGGGGAGCUGCGGUGCUGGUGCACAUGUAUGACCAGCUAAAUGAAGCUUGCCAGACCCCUACACGACAGAUGGCUGGGUACUUAACUUUAUUACAGUGCUGGAUAUAUGAGCACUUUCCUAGUGUGCAUCAGUGCGUCACUGAUGAUGCGUAUGCUGAGAUGACCCCACGUGCCUCUCAGUGGCUGACUACGAAGGCUCACAUGAGGGGGAUCACAGGAGCAACGUACCAGGCACGUUUAGAUGCUCUGACGAUCAUGGACAUGUGCUAG